AUGAUCCAAGGUACGUUUACUGUGAAUGGUUAUCUUGUGGAUGCUUUGUUUGACUCGGGUACUAUCCACUCGUUCAUAUCAUAUGAUUGCACUAGGCUCUUAGGUCUUGCUGUCAACGCAUUGCCAUAUGAUUUGUAUGUUUCCUCUCCUACGGGAAUAAAAAUUUUAACUUCUGCUGUUUGUUUAAACAGUAUUGUCCAGUAUGCCCACUGUUAUACCACGUUAGACCUAAUAUGCAUGCCUUUUUGUGAUAUUGAUAUUGUCCUUGGUUUGAACUGGUUAUCCUCCCAAAAUAUUCUCCUUGACUGUAAAAGCAAAACACUGAUCCUUCCUACCCGGGAGUUAACCCCUACAGCAGAAGUGAAAUUGAACAUGAUUUUAGCAGCUCGAGCAGAUAAAUGGUUGAGACAGGGUUGCCAAGGUUAUAUGGUAUUCUUCUCAGUGAAAGCAGAGACGGAAGAAGGGAUUUUGAAUAUCCUGGUAGUCUGGGAAUUUCUUGAGGUAUUUUCGACGGAGAUUAGCAGAUUACCUCUUAAAAGGGAAAUUGAAUUUGCUAUUGACCUGGUGCCUGGAACAAACGCAAUUUCAAAGGCUCUGUAUUGGAUGGCUCUGAAUGAGAUGGUAGAACUAAAAAACCAACUAACGAAGCUAUUGGAGAAAGGGUUCAUACACCCCAGUGUUUGUCCGUAG